UCGUCGGACAGUCUACAACUCAAUCAUUUGCGAGAGACGUCAAGUUCUUCCGGAUUCACAGCAAACUCAAGCGGAAGAACAAAUGGAGCAAGCAAACACGCCUUAAACCAAUGGAAAGAUCAUGAUUCGGAAUCUUCUAGCCUUUCAAACUUUCGGGAUGUUUCCUCUCAUAACAACUCACAUUUAGAGUAA